ACAAAACUUAUUUGUGUUUCGCAUUGUCAAAAAUAAAUAGGAAAUAUGAAAUUAGUUUAGCAUUCAAAAGUUGUUGAUUAGAUUUCUGGACCUGGGUGCAUCCGAAAAUAUACAUGGCCAGGAGACCGCCGCCGAUACCUAAAACGCAUGAGCGUACGCCCGGACCUGUUGGCCAAGAUACAAAAGCUAACAAUGAGAAAUUCCUGCAUGAUGUGUUCACCACCACCAACAAAUAUCGGAAGAUGCACGGCUGCCCCGAGUUAAAGAUUAACAACGAGCUCAACAAGUAUGCUCAGGAUUGGGCCAAUCACCUGCGUGAUAGGAACGCAAUGGAGCAUCGUCCACAGCCCAAAUAUGGCGAAAAUAUAUUUCUAUCUGGUGGAAUGGAUGUAACUGGCGAUUUGCCCGUGGACAUGUGGUACCGCGAGAUCAAUGCCUUUAACUUUGAUAAGCCCGAUUUUACGCCCACCUCUGGUCAUUUUACACAGUUGAUCUGGAAAGCCUGUACGGAGAUGGGCUCUGGUGUGGCUCGCAGGGCUGAUCGUACCUGGGUGGUUUGCAACUAUAAUCCACCCGGUAAUGUUAUGGGGCAGUUUAAGGAGAAUGUGCCUAGAAAGCUCUAGUUAAUGAAAAACGUAAAAUUUUAGAAACCAGUUCUGCAUCCCUACAGUACUGUCAAAGUGGCGAUUAUGAUAUUUUAGACUAUCUGGAGAGUGUACCAAGUACCACAAGUACCAAGCUAAGAUAUAGUCAAGCUUAAUAGAUUUGGUUUCUCUGGCUUUCGAAUCUAAUUGAUUUUGGGUUAGUAAAAAAGGUAUCGGUAGGAGAACCUACAUUCCAAAUUUAAAGUCUCUAGAUUUUAUAUUUAUAGUCCAUAAAUCUGAUGAGUUCAUAAAAACGAAAACAAAAGAUCACAAUUUGAGAAUAUAGCCGAUUCGAAUUAGCCCUUCAAUAUUUCCAAUUCUUUUCUUACUUUUUCGAUAAAAAUUAUAGAAAAUUAUUUUGAAAAUAAUUAUAUUAUAUAAAUAAAUAAGGCAAAAUAAGUAAUCUUAUCAAAAGGCAAA